AUGGGAGACAUGGGAGACCCACCAAAAAAAAAACGCCUGAUUUCCCUAUGUGUUGGUUGCGGCAAUCAGAUUCACGAUCAGUAUAUUCUGAGGGUCUCUCCGGAUUUGGAAUGGCAUGCGGCAUGUUUGAAGUGUGCAGAGUGUAAUCAGUAUUUGGACGAGACCUGUACGUGCUUUGUUAGGGAUGGCAAAACCUACUGUAAAAGAGAUUAUAUCAGGUUAUACGGCAUCAAGUGCGCCAAGUGCAGCAUCGGCUUCAGCAAGAAUGACUUCGUGAUGCGCGCCCGCGCCAAGGUGUACCACAUCGAGUGUUUCCGCUGCGUGGCCUGCAGCCGCCAGCUCAUCCCCGGCGAUGAAUUCGCGCUGCGGGAAGACGGCCUCUUCUGCCGGGCGGACCACGACGUGGUAGAGCGGGCAAGCCUGAGCGCCGGGGAUCCCCUUAGCCCUCUGCACCCCGCCCGGCCGCUGCAGAUGGCAGCAGAACCUAUCUCUGCCAGACAGCCAGCUCUGCGACCUCACGUCCACAAGCAGCCCGAGAAGACCACCCGAGUCCGGACUGUCCUUAAUGAAAAACAGCUUCACACCUUGAGGACCUGCUACGCGGCCAACCCCAGACCUGACGCCCUUAUGAAAGAGCAACUGGUAGAAAUGACUGGCCUCAGCCCGAGGGUCAUCAGGGUUUGGUUUCAAAACAAGCGGUGCAAGGACAAAAAAAGAAGCAUUAUGAUGAAGCAACUUCAACAGCAGCAGCCCAAUGACAAAACUAAUAUCCAGGGGAUGACAGGAACUCCGAUGGUGGCUGCUAGUCCGGAGAGACAUGACGGUGGUUUACAGGCGAACCCAGUGGAGGUGCAAAGUUACCAGCCGCCCUGGAAAGUACUGAGUGACUUCGCAUUGCAGAGUGACAUAGACCAACCUGCUUUUCAACAACUAGUUAAUUUUUCAGAAGGAGGACCCGGGUCCAAUUCUACUGGAAGUGAAGUAGCAUCAAUGUCCUCUCAGCUGCCAGAUACGCCCAACAGCAUGGUAGCCAGUCCUAUUGAGGCAUGA